GUGGCGCCAAAGAAACAACUAACUAACCGCUGAACGGUAUUCAGCAGCGUGAAUUGAGAUAGCGCAAACGUAACGGUAAAAAAAUAAAUAAAGCGGUGUUUUGUGUCAAAGGAAGUGUGAAACGGGUAUUAUUUGUGCUAACGAGUUGGCGAAAGAGACAAAAACGGUAAAAUUAACGGCUGAUAAUUUGUAGUUCGUCGUAUUUGAAAAGGCAAUUUUCAACAGCAACACCACCCACAACAACAACAACAAUAACUGCAACACCGUCACUAAUCCUUGACACCAGCGAAAGCAAAUACCAAAGACCAAGGCAAAAUAAGAAGAAACAAAAACGGAGACCUCACAGUCAGAGGCAAAAUAAGAAUAAUAAACCACGACGCAGCUAUUCGCAGUAAAAGCCGCACAAAUGCAACGUGACGCGUUCUUCAUUUACGCCUUGGCCACUACGACCCUGCUGAUGCUUGGCAACAAUUGUUGGCAUGCAUACGCAUAUGUCGUCUUGCCAGAGGCAGAGGCAGAAGCAGCAGCAGCAGCAGCAGCAGCAGGCGCAACAGCUUCAGACUCAACGGCUGGCUUGAAUGCGCUGGGCGAGGGAGUGGCAACGCAGACGCACGCCAAGCAUAUGGCUGAAUUAAUGGCCGGUACAUAUCCUGACAGAACGGCGACGCAUUAUUUGAAUGAUGUAUCCGGAAGUGUUGCCUUUCAACCGCCGCGUCAGCUGGUGAAUGAGAUGAAUGGACGUGCCGCGGUCUACGAUCCGGGUGAUGAGCUCCUCCGCGCCUUAAACGCCGAAAUGUCUGCCAAUGGACAUGAACUAGGCACGCUGCCUGAAGAACCCGAUUACGCUGAUACGGUAUUUAACGAACUAGAAGUGGCAAAUAAAUACGAAAUGUUACGUAAAUUAGAGAAAGACUUGCGCAACGAACAGGAAAUUGUUACCAAAUCAGCGUUGUUAAUGAAAAUGCUUGAGGAUCCAAAUUUACAAACGCUGCCGGUUAUUUAUGUGGAAGAGGAUGAGGAGGAGACAUCAGAAGAAGACGUUGCUACAAACAACAAUAAUUUGGCAUAUCAGUUGGGUGAAGUGGGUGGUCGAGGUGUGGCCAAACGUUCACGCUACUAUCGGCGCUAUCCAUGGAAGAGGCACAACCGAAAUCGAAGCACCUACGAACCUGAAUUGCGUUACGCUUGCACACCCUCCAAGGAGGAUGUCUUCAAGUUGCUGAUGAAUCUACACGAAAAUCGCAAAGGCAACCAUAGUAAAACCGUGAAUUUCUGUAAUCGUAAACGUCCAGCCAAGGCAAUAUUCACCAACAUACGUUUUCUGGGCUAAGCAGAAAUUAUCAAAAUGACAGUUCACUACAAAAACAACUCGUAUAUGGAAAAAAAACAAAUAAAACAGCUACGGCGAUGAGGCGAUUGAAGAAGCAGUGAUUGCGACAUAAGGGAAGAUUGAAGCAAUUCUUUACAAAAAUCUAAAUAGAAUUAAUAAAUAAUAAUAAUUUCAAAAACAAAAAAUUUACAUGUGUGUGUAAAGAAAAAAUGCAACCCAGCAAAUUGUAAAAUAUUUAUUUAACACAAAAAUUGAGAAUCAAAAGAUUUGUAAGCUCUUCUUGCAGCUAUUUUGGAGUUUUUGCGUAAAAUUUUAGCAGAAAAUUUCAAAAAAGCUCAACUUAACGCUAAAAAAAAAUAGUAUUUUAAACAAGUAUUCCACAGAAGGCAGCUAUGUAUAUUAAAACAAUGUAGUGCAAUCGUAUUUAGCAUUAAAUAUUUUAGUCAAAUAAUAGAUGUUUUGGCAAUCAACUUUUGAAAAAUAAUA